CCUGCUCAUUCACUUCCUGCACUGCUGUCAACGACGGGCGGAUGGAGUUGACUUGACAACGGAGUCCAGUUGUUGUAACGUAGCAGAGAGGAAAAACAACAAAAAAGGGAGAGAGGCGCCAUUUUGUGUUCCAGAUGGAAGUGAGCCGCUUGGACUUUUACAUCGGUCUGUCUCUGGCGCUGAGCUCCAGUAUCUUCAUCGGUGCAAGUUACAUCCUGAAAAAGAAAGGUCUGCUGCGACUGGCGAGCAAGGGCUCAAAGCGAGCAGGUCAAGGGGGAUAUGCAUACCUGAAAGAAUGGCUGUGGUGGGCAGGACUCAUUUCAAUGGGAACUGGAGAGGCAGCGAACUUCGCCGCAUAUGCGUUUGCGCCCGCCACACUGGUGACGCCACUUGGAGCACUGAGUGUACUUGUGAGUGCUGUGCUCUCCACUUACUUUUUGAAUGAGAGGCUGAAUGUCCAUGGGAAGGUUGGCUGUUUACUGUGUGUCCUGGGCUCCACCGUGAUGGUGAUCCAUGCCCCACAAGAAGAGGAGGUUGAUUCCCUCACCUCCAUGGCAGAGAAGCUUAAAGACCCAGGUUUCAUUGUGUUUGCUGUGUGCGUUGUGGGGAGCAGCCUGGUUCUUAUCUUUGCUGUGGCUCCACGGUUUGGACAGAAGAAUAUGCUGGUCUACAUCCUGAUCUGCUCUGUGAUUGGCUCCCUCUCUGUGUCUUGUGUCAAGGGCCUGGGCAUUGGCAUUAAGGAGCUGUUUGCUGGGAUACCAGUGCUGAAGGAACCCCUAUUCUGGUCCUUAGUCAUCUGCCUGGUAAUCUGCAUCAGUGUUCAGAUUAGUUUCCUGAACAAAGCCCUCGAUAUCUUUAACACCUCCAUAGUCACUCCCAUCUACUACGUCUUCUUCACCACAUCUGUCAUGGCCUGUUCAGCUAUCCUGUUUAAGGAAUGGUUGCGCAUGACCCCCGACAAAGUAAUGGGUACAAUUAGUGGGUUCCUCACCAUCAUCUUUGGGAUCUUCCUCCUCCACGCCUUCAAAGACAUCACAUUUAGCUGGGAUUCCCUCCCACUGUUCCUGAAGAAGGCUCCUCAGGGUUCUCCACGGGGCCAGCAGCCUUAUCUGGUUCUUCCCAGCCACGACAGCCAAACAGAGGAAGAUGAGCUGAACCUGCCAAGAGAAGGAGGUACAAAAGCAGGGUGGGGUACACACCAGAGAGCUCCCUAAAGCCUCUUUCUCUCUAAAAUUAGCUGGGAUACCAGGGAUUGGUGAAACUGCUAGAAAAGGCGCUUUACACCAGUCUAAUUGGUGGUAGUUGGUCUGAGUCAGGAGACGAAGAAAACACCACCACCACCAUGGAGCUCAGUGAUUUAGUCACGGUGGUUGCCAUUUUGUGUAUUUUACAUCAGUCCUUAUUUCAAUUGAUCCUUCAUUUAAGCUACACACAUUUAUGUCAACUUAUUCUAACAGCCAGAACGUGAAUGUUGCGCUUAAAAGAAAGCGGGACAAUUUAUCGCUACCAAAAAUGAAGAAGUUUGCGUGUUCAUGCGGUCUUACAGUAUGUUCUGAUCAGAACCAAAGGGGAUUAAAACCUACAUGCAUUAUUGAGUCAUUUGACCCGGAAGUGAAUGGCAAUUAAAUACAUUCCCACUGGUCACAAACCUGGGAUUUAACCGUUUUUCUGAGCGGUGGGAAUUGGUUAUAACUUUAAGUUUUAAUCCACAUUUUAGGUUUAUGUUGUGACGAGUAAAGUUAACUAAAUAUGGACUUUAAGUCUGUCUAACACUAAGUUGUAUGCACUGGAUAAACCUGUUACCUUAAGGUGAACAUAAUGAUGCAGUUCAGACUUGGUAUUAACGUCUGUCCUGAGCGAUCUGAUGUAACGCAAUGUGCCUUCAACGCUUCCUCAGUUAUUCAUUUUAAUAGUUAUUUCAUGUAAAAGCUCACUCAGCUCAACAACUUCUCCCAGUUGUUUCUGUUUCCGUCACUCGCAGCAACAGUGACAGACGCACAAACACACUGUCAGUGGACACAGUCGGACUCAUAAAACAUAGGUUUGCACAUUUUGUGUGAUCGUCCCACUGUAGGCUGUCCACUUGUGAUCACAUCUCUCAGGGUGGUUGUUCAUACCAGGUCUGGACAGGCCCAAAUUUGCUAUAGACACAUUGGAAUCCAUGUAAACUUUUAUUUUUUCGCAGCAGUACAUGUAUUUAUUUAUCUAAUUGAAUGUGUAUUUAUGUGAUUGUUUGUUGCAGUGCUGUGCACCUCUUUAUUUGAACUUUUACAGCAAUUUAAGUUAAGUUGAAGAUUUCAUAUUUACCUGCAUUAGCCACACUGUGCCUUGAUACCCAUUUAUCUUUAACCUCGAUAAUCUGUUGCACAAAUCAAUGCACUAUGACCAGAAUCUCUUUACUGCCCUUUACUGUAUUUGAAUAAUUCCUCCCCACAAGUUACUGUUAAUACCUCAUAUGAGUCGCACCAAAGAAUGUUCUUUCUCUCUAUGAAUGUCCAUUGCGCAAACCAGUAACUGUCUUAACUUUGUUUUUCACAAAGCUUAUUAAAGCAUGACAAAAUCGA